AUGUCUUCUCGCAAUGGAGUGAUGUAUAAUGCGCUGUCUACGGAAACAAAUCAACUGAAUGAGGGCGCCAGAACCGACACAGACAAUAAUCUAAAGCCUUUGUAUCCGCUAAAAGGAGUCGAUUGCAAUGGAAAUGAGAGCCAAGAUGAACACGUGGAGUACGUUGAGAUCAUCAUAUUGGACUCGGCACAGAAUCGUUUUCCUGUCGAUGUGUCCCCUGGUUGGACAGUUAAGCGGUUAAAAGAGGUUUCACAACAGAUACAUAAAGUCAAUCCUCAAUCUCAGCGCCUCGUAUUCCGAGGUCGGAUGCUCGAAGAUGAUACGACGCUUGAAGCAGCUGGGAUUGAAGAAAAUGGUGUCAUCGUUCACUUGUUUCCAAAACCGAGACUGGUGGUGACCUCAUCCGCAGGAGAGGAAUCCAAUACGAGAGAAAAGACGAUGCUUGUUGGUGCACACGUUCCUCAGAUAGUCCUAGAUGAAGAAGAACAAGAGAGGCGCGGUCAGAUUCUAGUUCUCGGAUCCGUGGAAAUUGCAGAGGCUCAGAAUAAUUGCAAGCUGUUGAGCCUACUUCUUUUGGUUGUGUGUAGCAUGCGACUGUUGGUGUUACUAUCAAUCGCAUUAGGUACACCUACAGAAGGACCACACAAUGAUGAUGUGGACCAAGGAAACUCAACAGCUCACCCUGACGAAGACAACCAACCACAAUCACGGCCAUGGGAAAAUUAUGACUACUGCGACCUUUUGGUCAGUGCACUCGGAUUUUAUGUUGCAACGCUUGGUAUGAAAGCGACGACAGAAAAUACACUACGAUUGGCUACUGCUUACUUUGUUGGAACUGCUGCUGUUGGAGUCUUAUGGAAUGUUUGGAAUAUAUUUGUGUACUCCAUGUUUGUCAAAGAAAAAUCCUCACCGGAAGAUGACGACGAAGAACCAUUGACUCGAGAUGACUAUGUGACGGUAGCGGUGUUCACUGUUGCUUUACCAAUGAUGGUUUGGGGCCUGUGUGUUGCACGCGCGUAUGAGUUCCGGAAAUUGAUUGAAGAGGCUGAAAUAGAGGCCAUAGGACGUAUUCGUCGUCAUAGUCACACCGAUGAAGAAGCUGAGUUGGAUGAAAACGUAGAAGAAGGCAGAUCGACUGUGAUUUGA